UCUGCAUAGUGUACCUUUAACUUCUCUCUUCUGCAUAGUGUUCCUUUAACUUCCCUCUCUUUAUUCCGCUCCUCUAGUUGCUCCAAAAGGCUGCGGCUCCAUCCAGACGGAGGGAGUGCUGCGCCCUGCUCUCCCCCAGCAUGAGCUCCUGUGCUGGGCCGGCUGAGGGACGCCUGUCCCCUGUGCUGCUGGAGCUCCAGGAGGCCUCGUCCGGCCGACAGGUCCGAGAGAGGGGGGGUUCCCCCAGCCUGCUGCCCGGCCCCCACCCCUCCUCCCUGGACCCGGUCUGCAUCUCGUCCCCCUACGCAGACGGUCAGCCGGACUGCCCCCCCACAGCCUGCCCCCAGGGCGCGCUAGUGUUCUACAGCCCCAGCGUGGGGUACGGACGACCCCUAGGGAGCCCCCUCAGCCCCGCCCUCUACUGGCCCCCCCACAGCGCCCAGCACCACAUCACCUUGCCCUACUAA